GAAGGGUACACAGAUAAUUUUAAAAUGUUAAAUGACGAGGAAAACUGUUCAGAUAAAAAUCUUUCAAGCAUAGUUAAUGUAAGCAAUACAAAAACAACACAAGACUUAAAAGAUAAUUAUGAUGUAUUAUGCAUAAUAUGUAAUGUUUCUUUUAAAUCCUCAUUUGAAAAGUUAGAGCAUGAUCAAAAAUUGCAUAAUGUACAGAGUACUAAACGAAGAAGUAAACGUGUUGGUGUAACUAAAAGCUAUGGUGAUAUAUUUGCUAAUGAAUCUGAUUUUGAUGAACAACUAAAAAAUGAUUCUUUAAAUUCAGAACAGUUCAGCAGUAAUUGUGUUGAAUCAAAUUCACCUGAACAAAAAAGUGAUAAUGAAAUGGACUUAAAAAAAGAGAAUAAUUUGGAAGACAUAAAAGAUGAACUUAAUGAAUCUGAUGAAAAGUCUGGUAUUGAAGAUUUCAAGUGUUUUUAUUGUAAUGAACAAUUUCCUUCUAAGCACUUAGCUUCAAAACACGUUCGUUCACAUAUUAUGCUAAAUGAUAAAAAACCAAUUCCAAAAGACGACAUUUAUGAUAAGUAUAAAGUUAUAAUAGAUAACAAAUUAUAUUACAAAUGCGAUCAGUGUAACUAUAAUGUUGAAGGUAGAAGAUACAAGUUUGUGUAUCAUAUGAGGGUGCACACCGGUGAAAAACCAUAUGCUUGUAAAAUUUGUAGUAAAUCGUUCCGUACAGCAGCAUUUUUAAGACGGCAUACUGUAUGUUUCCAUCAUAAAGUUCGUAGUUAUCAGUGUGACAUUUGUGGACGUUCAUUUUCUGAAAAACGCAAUGUUGAUGAUCAUAGACGUACACAUACUGGCGAACGACCGUUUGUUUGUGAAACAUGUGGUAAAAGUUUUGCCCAAAGGUCAUCGAUGAAAAUUCAUUGGAAACAAAUGCACGAAAGUAUAAAAUCACAUAAAUGUGAAUAUUGUGACAAAAGUUUUAUCAGAAGAUGUCAUUUAGUUGCACAUUUAACCCAUCAUACUGGAGUGCGCAACUAUAUAUGUGCAGUAUGUGGUAAAGCAUUCUUGCGUAGUGGUACACUUAAAGGUCAUACAGCAGUACAUAGUUCAGAAAGACCUUUUCAAUGUACUAUAUGUGGAGACACAUUUAAAUUGAAAAAACAUUUAAAACAGCAUGGACGAGUUCAUGGAACUCAACAUUCAUUUGAAAAUAUACCUCAAUUAGAAUUUAUUUCAACAACUGUUGAUAACCAAAGAGGUUCACAGUGAAUAAUGAAUGUUAUUGUAAUUUAUAAUAUAUAUUGAAAUAUCGAUUUCCUUGGGCAUAAAGUUAUUUUACAUUGAAGUAUGAUUAUAACUAAAUUAAAAAUAAAUAUCUUCAUUGUGAUGCAUAAGUGUUAAGCAAAAGAACUCAUCAAAUUACUAUUAUUUUUAUAAUUUCAUAGAAAAUUAAAUAUGUAUCACCUGAUAUCUCCUUAGUUGAAAAAAUAACAAUAUAUUUUAAAAAAACUCAAAUUUGAGAUAAAAAAUUAAUUGUUUAGCUAAAAUAUUUAUUUUAUAUAAUAUCACUAUUAAAAAAAAAAUAUUAUAUUUGUGUUAUGAAUGUUUCUUCUUUUUAAAAUCCUAAAGUAAAGUAAAACUUAGAAUAUUAUUUAUAACUAGUUAUUAUUUAUUAGUAUAACAUUUUUGGUAGUGGUGGCUAAAUGAAUCUUAUAGGGAAGUUGUUUUUAAUCCGUUAAUUUGUAUGACACGUGAAUUAAUUUUUAGUUCAGGUUUGUAAAUAGUGUAUGAAAGUUUUAGAAUUUAAUUUUUAGCAGACCCUAUUAGAAAUUUAAUUUAAUAAUGAUCUCUUAAAAAACAAAAAUUGAAAAUAUUUAUUUUUCUAUCUACUUUAAUGCAUUAUGCAUAACUUGUCUAAAAAUAAAUCUAUAUAGCAGCCUGUAGAUAAUGAUAGUAUUAAAUGCAUAAAAACACUAACCAUUAUUACAGUAGAUUUCCAAUAUCAUGUAUGCUUACCUGUAUUUUUCUGUCACUUGGUUAUCUAUUAAAAAUUAUGAAAAUAAAAAUCAAUAAUCAUACUUUUUUCUACAAGUUAUGGCCACACAGUAAACACAUAUGAACAUUGUAACUAUGAUUAAAUUUUUCCAUUUUUAUUUUAUAUUAAUUUUUUUUCUGUUUCUUGAAUAUUCUGAUGUAAAUUCCAAUCAAUCGCAUACCUACCAAGGCGAGUAUCAUACAUUUGAGUUUUUUUUUAAUUAGAUUUUAAUGAUUUUUUAAUUAAUUAAAGUCCUGUAUAGUCUUAUUUAUUUUUUUUUUUUUGAUAUAAUUUUAAAAUAAUUUGUGAGCUCCUAUAAUAGAUCAAUUAAAAAUCCAUUUUAUACAAGUUUAAAAAAAAAAUUUUUAAUGCAUAUUUUUGUUAUUUCUUAAUUUUUUUUUUUAUAUAAUUUGUGUGCAUACUGCAUAUUUUAUUGUUUCAUGAAAAAAACUGAUGUUUUUUCAGACAUAAUUUGCAAUAUUUUUUUUUUUAAUUAUGAAUGUAGUUAUUGAUUGUUGUUGUUACUAUUGACUAAUUAUUGAAUAAUAACAUGGAGUGUAUUUAGUUUUAAUCACACUAAUACUAUAACAUAAUAUUUUGUAUUAAUCGUUUAUAUGCUGUAAAUCUUUUAUCAUCAUUAAUUGUUAAAGUAUUAUUGUGUGUUGUUCUAUAAUCUAUAUAAUAGUGUAUUUUUCUCUGUUGAUCAAUAACCGUGCAAGACUUAAGAUGUUGUACAUUUGUCCGUGCUCUAAAAAUUAUUUUUACAAUUUUAUAUUAAAUUCUUUUUUAUAUUUAAUCAUUUUUCGUGCAUGUACAUAUUAGCUUUUUAAAAAUUCCAAGCCCUACUUAAUUAAUUUUUAUAUGUUGAUUACCUUUCAAGUAGGUUUUGUAAAAAAAUAUAAUACAAAGUAUAAAAAAUUCUUACAUUUUAAAAUUGUCAAGCAAACACAUGUCUUUUCAUACAUUUGGUCACCACUGCUUUUAAAAGUAGGAUACUUAUUUAUAAUAAUAAUCAACCAAUUAAUGCUAAUAUUAAUUUUUUAUUUAAGUAUUAUUUAGGAUUUAUUUAUUUUUUCAAUUAAAUUAAUGUUAAUAAUCGUCCAGUAUAUAGUUGUUAAAAAAAGGUUAAUUAAAAAACAUUUAUUAUAAAAUAACUAUUAGAUUUAAAGCAACUAAUUGUACAAUUUUUUACUCCAUUAUAUUAUAUAAUAUUACAGGGUAUUGUGUGCCAUACAACAGUUUGGUAACUAUACUAUUUUUUGUUUUGUAUUUUCUUAUUUAAAAUUUUUUUUUUUUUGAUAUUAUUUGUAGUCAUAGGAAUAUCUCAAUAAUUUCAUAUCUACCUCUACAAUAUAAAUUGUAUCUAUUCUUUGAUUCUUUUAAAAAUUACUUUUGGUGCGGUAUGUUAUAUACAUAUCACCAGCAAUAAGUGUGGAUAAUGUGCAUCAAAAAGUCCAAUGCUUUCAAGAAAACGACUUUAUAAUUCCAAUAACCACCUCUUUUUCAUUUUGCUUAACUCAGUAUAAAGCAGUGGUUUUCAAACUGGGUGCCGCGGCACACAGUGUGCCGCGAGUAUCCACUUAUUGUACCGUGGUUUUUCCAUAAAUUACUGAUUGCAUUGAAUUAUGUAAUAAGAAAAUAAAUUAAUAAUUAAUUCAAAACAAUUUUGUUUAUCUAAAAAAAGGUCAGAAUGCCGUGAACAUUUUUUGAAGUUUACGGUGUGCCGUGUGUAAUAAAAGUUUGAAAACCACUGGUAUAAAGCAAUUAUUUAUCUUCAGCCAAUCACCAAAAUUAAAGUUGACAAAUAUUAAUUUAUCUAACGAUAUAGUCUGAUUAAACUCAACAAAAAUUGGUUAUUGUUGCCUUACGUUCCUCUUAUAUAAGAGAGGGAAAGUCAAAUAAAGUUGUUAUUUUUAAAAUGCCAUUUUUAACUUUUUCACUAGUAAUUAAUUUUUUAUGUUUAAAUACUAUCUAUUAAUAAAAUAUUUACUUCUAUAUGGUGGUUUUUUUUCGGCUUUUGACUGAUAUUAUUUUAUAUUUAUCUUAUUGGAAAUAAAAGCUAAAGAUUAAGACAUACUAUUUAAAUACAAAGCUACUUAUAGAGUAUAUUACAGCAUGCAUCUUUUAAGUCUUAAAUACAUAUUAUUGAGUUAUUUCUGUAGUAAAUUAUUAUGUUAAAUAACCUAAUAAUGAAAAAGUUAACAAAUUUGCUCUUAAAAUUAUUUUUGAAAUUCAACAGCUUUAUGCAUUCAAGUUUAAUAAUAAUAUUAUCCUACAUUGACAAUAAGACAAAAUUAAUGUCAACAAUGCUCUUUAUAUCCUGGGUGGCUUUGUCUUAUUUAUCUUAAGUUAAUAUUUUAUUGUAGUUUCAUUCUUAUUUAAUGUUAUGUUUAAUGUAUUUUUAUGAACAUUAUUAACCACUAUUUCAUGUACUAAAUGUUUAAAUAUAUAUCUAAAUUUUAAAUGUUAUCAUAUUUUUCUACUUAAUAAAUUUUAAAUAUUAUAUUUUUAUAAUUAUUCAAAAUAAUAUUAUAAUACUACUUAUCUUGUGAAUUAUGAUUCAAUAAAGCUUUAUUUGAUGGUUGAUAAUUGUAGAAUAUUUUUUUUUAAAUUAACCGAUUUAGUAUUAAUAUUUCAUAUUAUGUGUAAUUUGGUAUUAAAUAGCUGUGUAGCAAGUAUGUUUUGGUACUAAAAUUAAUCAAUUAAUUUGUAUAUUAUUUUAGUUAUAUACUUAAUAUGGUACAAUAUUAUAUAUUAUAUUAUUUAU